UCAAUUCAAAUUUACACAAACUGAACGUCAUUCUAACAAAAGUUAUUGGAAGACUUGUGUUGAUAAAGCUGUGGCCAAUAUUGAAGGUUUUAAAAACAAUUCUAAUUUAACAACAGCAAAAAUAGAAGAAAGGAAGAGAGGACGUUUUGUCUUCGUAAUUACUGAUUUUGAGAGAAAUCGAAAUGGAAGUGAGGUUCAUUUAAAAAUAUUUUUCAAAGUCCGCAAUUUAUUAAAAGGGGCUAGAGUAUACAGGAGAAGAGUAAUGACCGAUUGUUUUAAAGGCAUAAAAUUUCUCUCUUCUAGGGACGAAAAAGAUUUUCUACAAGAUAUUGACCAUCAAUUAGCAGAGAAUGGCGUUUUCUUUCGAUAUGUUCAGCUGAAAUUUGAUGACCAUAAACAGACUCAAAUUACAACGGGUGGAGGAAAGUCGUCAACGAUAAAUGAACGAAUCCGUAACAUUAGUUCAAACAUAAUUCGUGUGGCUAUUGUAGAGCAGGGCUCAGAUUUUGAUGCUUUUGUAAUUGUUCGUCCUUGCCCUCAACUGAGUGAUGCUGAAAAGAUUCGUGAAUAUUCGUGAGCUUUUUUUUAUUUUUUUGAUGGGUUGUGGCCUCUCGAUCUGGGAUGUCCACAACAGCGAUUUUUUCUUGUUUGUGGAUUUUUUCUUUUUUUUUUUUGCAAUUUUUUGCUGAUUUUUCGAUUUUUUGCCGACUUUUGAUUUCUGCGGAUUUUUCUAUUUUUUACAACCUCUCCCCUCUCAAACGCGCCUGAUUUAUUUAUUUUUAUCCCCCUACCAUUCAGUUAUGUCCAGCACUUUUACUAUGAGAAUUGGCUUCUUAGAAGUAAGUUCUCAAAAAUUUCUUAAAAAUUCAUUUCCUUCUCAUAUUUUCCGAUCCAAGAGGUGCCGUAAUUGGCUUUGCACUUUGUCUAUUUGCCAUUCUUUGCGCUAUUUCCUCCUAUUUAUUUCAUAUUUGG